AUGAUCGUGAUAAUAAUGAGCCAGAUAGAUAUUGUGGAUACUAAACAUGAUGGCAAACAAUCGGGCAACAAGUGUGAGCACAGGGGAGACAAUGGCACCGAUGAUAUGGACCCUGAGGUGACGCUAUGUGGUGUGGUCUCGUGGCGGCCACAAUGGCUACAGGUGUUGGCCCGGCCGACAGUAUUCCUAUUCAAUUUCACCCUAAUUGGUCUAAUCCAAGGCAUGACCGGUAGUUAUCUGAUCGCCUCAAUGAGCACUUUGGAGAAGCGCUUUGCUUUUGAUUCAAAAAUCGCCGGCUUUUUAAUGAUUGCCGAUAAUAUUGUGCAAAUAAUAAUAAGUCCAAUAGUAGGCUACUUUGGCAGUCGUUUCAAUCGGCCCCGAAUGAUAGCGGCGGGUGAGCUGACACUGGCCCUGUCGUGCUUCACAACAGCUCUGCCAUACUUUAUAUACGGCGCGGGCACUCACCUCUUGCACGACGACAACCUCCUGUCAACACUCGGCCGCAACGAAACGCGAUACGAGUUGUGUCCGGCAAACGGCGAGAACACUGACUGCUCGGGCGGUAAGCACUCGACCGUAUGGCCGGCCGUUGCGAUCAUAUAUUUGGGCUGCUCUUUGAAGGGAAUGGGCUUUACAGCCUAUUACGUGAUCGGAGUACCCUAUAUGGACGAUAUUGUUACCAAACGCAGUUCACCCAUCUAUUUAUCAUUCAUAUCGGCGAUAAAUUUGAUUGGCCCGGCUUGUGGUUUCAUACUUACCUCGUUUACGUUGCGAUAUUACGAAGAUCCACUAUAUAAUCCAGGUAUACCGCGUACAGAUCCGCGUUUUAUUGGCGCAUGGUGGCUUGGAUUUAUUAUUAUUGGCACCAUGUUGGUUAUCGCAUCUCUGCCCAUGUUGUUAUUCCCAAAACAACUGACAAAUGCAUCGGUAAAGGCCCGGCACCUGAAGGACAAUUCUAAGGGCUUAAAAGGCACUAUAGCUGCCAUCAAACGCCUGGUCAAUAAUCCUAUAAUAGUGCUUCACUUGAUAGCAUCUACUCUACGCUGGAUCGGUAACGGGGGUUACCAAAUGUUCAAAAGUAAAUACAUUGAGUCCCACUUUCAUCAGACCAGUGCCGGCGCCGGACUACUCACCGGCACCACAUCCAUGCCCGCUAUGGCAGUGGGUAUUAUGCUCGGGGGCAUUGCGAUCACUUGGAUUAAGCCACGCCCUCGGUCCUUGGUCAUCUAUAUGGUUUUGGUUGAGUUUUUGGCCAGUAGUGGUAUAUUGGGCGCGAUGUACAUAAACUGCCCGGCGCUCAACAUUGGUGAUCAAGGAGGAGGGGGAGGUGGUGCGGCCAUCACUGGUUACUGUAAAAGGGAUGUGAGUAGUUGUAAUAAAAUUGUGCCCUACCUGUCCAUCAUCUCGUUAGGCUCAAUGAUAGCGUCUACCACUCGGACUGGUUCUUUAUUAAUCACAUUAAGAUCAGUUGACCCGAAAGAUAAGAGUUUUGCGAUAGGAAUAAUGUCAACAUUUAUAUCGUUAUUUGCCUUCAUUCCCUACCCAUUAAUAUUCGGUGCGAUCACAGACUCUGCGUGUUUGGUAUGGGAGAGCACGUGCGGUAAACGUGGUAACUGUUGGCUAUAUAACCAGGAUAAGUUUAGAUAUUACUUACAUGGAGUGGCAUUUGGUUUUAUGUUUACGGGAGCCAUGGUCGAUUUGGUGGUCAUUUUUAUGGCCAAUCGUAUCAAAAACUUUUACGAUGAACCCUCUACUGAUAAUGGUAGUGAUGGUCACUCUACCGCCUACCAACAGGUGGGCGUCGGAAGUGAUGAUAAUGACCAGAAUUAUAGUGAAAACAACGAGUUUGAGCGCCAGGACAGUGAUAAUGACCCGGAGCUGACUGAGUGCGGACUGGGCUCGUGGCGACCCCAAUGGCUACAGAGGUUUGCCACGCCCACAUUUUUUACCCUCAACUUCGCGCUCAUAGGCAUUGUCCAGAGUAUGACCGGAACCUAUUUGAUAGCCUCGUUCAGUACAUUAGAAAAGCGGUUCGCUUUUGACUCAAAAAUAGCUGGUUUUAUAUUGAUUGCCGACAACGUGGUAGAAAUGCUGGUAAGUCCGAUUGUGGGCUACCUGGGCAACCGUUUUAAUCGGCCCCGUAUGAUAGCCACCGGCGAACUCGUCCUGGCCCUGUCGUGCCUAAUAAACGCAUUACCCUAUUUCAUAUACGGUGCGGGCACUCACCUCCUGCACCGGGACACACAAGUCGGUGACCACUCGGUGCCCAUUAACGGCACCCGGUAUGAGAUGUGCCCCAUAAACCAUAACGACAUAGACUGCUCUACGGGUCGACACUCGACGGUUUGGCCAGCGGUUGUAAUUUUUUUAAUAGGCAGCGCUUUCCGGGGUCUCGGCUACACCGCCUAUUGGGUUAUAGGCAUGCCUUACAUCGAUGAUAGUGUGAGCAAAAAUAAUUCACCCAUGUUCAUUAGCGGGUUGACAGCGCUUCGGCUCAUUGGCCCGGCCAUGGGUUUUCUCAUGUCGUCCCUGUCGUUGCGUUUCUAUGAGAAUCCCUUUUGCGUAUUGUUGUUAAUAUUCACCUUGCCAAUGUUUUUAUUCCCAAAACAACUAAAAACGGCCUCGGUCAAGGCCAAGGAUCUCAAGGAGCAUGAUAUCACAGGACUUAGAGGCAUGUGGGACGGUGUGAAACGGUUAGCCCGGAAUCGGAUUUUCAUGUUUCAUUUGGUGGGCGGUGUGUUUCGGUACAUAGGGUUUGGCGGCUAUUAUAUCAAC